UCCUAGUCGUCACCCUAGGCAUGUUGCACUCGGCGCAAAUGGACCAGCGGGACCUAUCACGGAUGCAGAUCUGCCAUGCGGGUGGUAAGCGGCAGCAGGGGCUGGCUGGGGUGCGUAAAGCCCUUUGUCGAGUCGACACCCGCUUCUUCUCUCUCACCUGUUCACUUGUGCACUUGUUCACUUGUUCUCGCCAUCGACCCUAAAGAAUUAGAGGGGUCUUCGCUCCCCAAAGUCCUCCCCUGUUCGGGUGAACCCAGCGCAAUGCCCAAUCACCUCGCCGUAUUUCGCUCUGGGUAUCCGUAGCUCCCUCGAGAGAGAAGUGCCAAGCACCGAUUUCACGGAGCAUCUUGGAAUGGGCGGC